UCUCAGAACUCCAACCUUGUCCUCCAAGCUGACCGCUCGCUGAUCGACCGGACGCGGCGGGAUGAGCCGACGGGGGAAGUCCUGUCCCUGGUGGGGAAACUGGAGGGGACCCGCAUGGGGGACAAGGCCCAGAGAACCAAGCCCCAGAUGCAGGAGGAGAGACGAGCAAAGCGAAGGAAGCGUGAUGAGGACAGGCACGACAUCAACAAGAUGAAAGGUUACACCCUGCUCUCCGAGGGCAUCGACGAGAUGGUGGGCAUCAUCUACAAACCCAAAACCAAGGAGACCCGCGAGACCUACGAGGUCUUGCUCAGCUUCAUUCAGGCGGCUCUUGGGGACCAGCCACGGGACAUCCUCUGCGGAGCCGCCGACGAGGUCCUGGCGGUCCUGAAGAACGAGAAGCUGCGGGAUAAGGAGAGACGGAAGGAGAUCGAUCUGCUGCUGGGACAGACCGAUGACACCCGCUACCACGUCCUGGUCAACCUGGGGAAGAAAAUCACGGAUUACGGCGGAGACAAGGAAAUACAGAACAUGGAUGACAAUAUCGAUGAGACGUAUGGGGUGAACGUGCAGUUCGAGUCUGAUGAGGAGGAAGGCGACGAGGACAUCUAUGGCGAAGUGCGGGACGAGGCAUCCGACGAUGACAUGGAGGGGGACGAAGCCGUUGUCCGUUGCACCCUCUCGGCCAACCUUGUGGCAUCGGGUGAGCUGAUGAGUUCGAAGAAGAAGGAUCUGCAUCCUCGAGACAUCGACGCCUUUUGGCUUCAGCGGCAGCUGAGCCGCUUCUACGACGAUGCCAUCGUUUCCCAGAAGAAGGCGGAUGAAGUGCUGGAGAUCUUGAAGACUGCGAGCGAUGACCGGGAAUGUGAGAACCAGCUCGUUCUGCUCCUGGGCUUCAACACCUUCGACUUCAUUAAAGUUCUGCGGCAGCACCGCAUGAUGAUCCUGUACUGCACUUUGCUGGCCAGCGCGCAAAGCGAAGCUGAAAAAGAAAGGAUCAUGGGCAAGAUGGAAGCGGAUCCCGAGCUGUCCAAGUUCCUGUAUCAGCUGCACGAGACGGAGAAGGAGGAUCUCAUCCGGGAGGAACGCUCUCGCCGGGAACGCGUUCGGCAGUCCCGCAUGGAUACUGACUUGGAGACCAUGGAUCUGGACCAAGGAGGAGAGGCGCUGGCUCCCCGGCAGGUGCUGGAUUUGGAGGAUCUGGUGUUUGCCCAGGGCAGUCACUUCAUGGCCAACAAGCGAUGCCAGCUCCCCGACGGCUCCUUCCGCCGGCAGCGCAAGGGCUACGAGGAGGUGCACGUGCCGGCCCUGAAGCCAAAACCUUUUGGCGCUGAGGAGCAAUUGGUUUCAGUGGAAAAAUUACCCAAAUACGCCCAGGCUGGAUUUGAGGGUUUUAAAACACUGAACCGAAUUCAGAGCAAGCUCUACCGUGCCGCACUGGAGUCAGAUGAAAACUUGCUGCUGUGCGCUCCCACGGGCGCUGGGAAGACCAAUGUAGCCCUCAUGUGCAUGUUACGAGAAAUAGGGAAACACAUUAAUAUCGACGGGACCAUCAACGUGGACGAUUUCAAGAUCAUCUAUAUCGCACCCAUGAGGUCCUUGGUGCAGGAGAUGGUGGGCAGCUUCGGGAAGCGCCUGGCGACGUACGGCAUCAAUGUGGCGGAGCUGACGGGGGAUCACCAGCUGUGCAAGGAGGAAAUCAGCGCUACCCAGAUCAUCGUAUGCACCCCGGAGAAGUGGGACAUCAUCACCCGCAAGGGAGGAGAGCGCACCUACACCCAGCUGGUGCGGCUGGUCAUACUGGAUGAGAUCCACCUACUGCAUGACGACCGAGGACCCGUCCUGGAGUCUCUGGUGGCCAGAGCCAUCCGCAACAUCGAGAUGACGCAGGAGGACGUGAGGCUGGUUGGUUUGAGUGCCACCCUCCCCAACUACGAGGACGUGGCUACCUUCCUGAGAGUGGACCCGGCCAAAGGCUUGUUCUAUUUCGAUAACAGCUUCCGACCGGUGCCCCUAGAGCAGACCUACGUGGGUAUCACAGAGAAGAAAGCAAUCAAACGCUUCCAGAUAAUGAACGAGAUCGUUUAUGAGAAGAUUAUGGAGCAUGCUGGAAAGAACCAGGUGCUGGUGUUCGUUCACUCCAGGAAGGAGACCGGGAAGACUGCCCGCGCCAUCAGGGACAUGUGUCUGGAGAAAGAUACCCUGGGGCUCUUCCUGCGGGAGGGCUCAGCCUCCACCGAGGUGCUGCGCACCGAAGCCGAGCAGUGCAAG